GCUUCAACCUCUCCCACUCUUGACAUCUGAGUAGCUCAGAGGGAAGCUCCUCCAGGUCCGAGUGUUUAUAUGUAAAGGAGACUGAUCGCUAGGGCUCAGGACCGGGAUUAUCCCAGCUCUGCGGAAACGCUCGCGGCUAUUGCUUUGGGAGGGGAGGGGGAAAGUCACAGAGUUUUCAGUGCAAAGUGACAGAGGGUGGUGGCAUUUGGAACCGUCGUGAAGUCUUCUGCCUGGAACCUGGGACUUGCAUGCUAUGGAACACCCGCUCUUUGGCUGCCUGCGCAGCCCUCACGCCACCGCGCAAGGCUUGCAUCCAUUCUCCCAGUCUUCCCUCGCCCUGCAUGGAAGAUCAGACCAUAUGUCCUACCCCGAGCUCUCCACUUCUUCCUCGUCUUGCAUAAUCGCGGGAUACCCCAACGAGGAGGGCAUGUUUGCCAGUCAGCAUCACAGGGGACACCACCACCACCACCAUCACCACCACCAUCACCACCAACAGCAGCAGCACCAGGCUCUGCAAACCAACUGGCACCUUCCGCAGAUGACCUCGCCACCGAGCGCGGCUCGGCACAGCCUCUGCCUCCAGCCCGACUCUGGAGGGCCCCCGGAGCUGGGGAGCAGCCCUCCAGUUCUGUGUUCCAACUCUUCCAGCCUGGGCUCCAGCACCCCGACAGGGGCCGCGUGCGCGCCGGGGGACUACGGCCGCCAGGCGCUGUCACCCGCGGAGGUGGAGAAGAGAAGUGGCGGCAAGAGGAAAAGCGACAGCUCAGACUCCCAGGAAGGAAAUUACAAGUCAGAAGUCAAUAGCAAACCUAGAAAGGAAAGGACAGCUUUCACCAAAGAGCAAAUCAGAGAACUGGAAGCAGAAUUUGCCCACCAUAAUUAUUUGACGAGACUGAGGCGCUAUGAGAUCGCAGUGAAUCUGGAUCUCACCGAAAGACAGGUGAAAGUCUGGUUCCAGAACAGACGGAUGAAAUGGAAGAGAGUAAAAGGAGGACAGCAAGGGGCUGCAGCUCGAGAAAAGGAACUGGUGAAUGUGAAAAAAGGAACACUGCUCCCCUCAGAGCUUUCGGGAAUUGGGGCAGCCACUCUCCAACAAACGGGGGACUCUCUUGUCAACGAUGACAGUCACGACAGCGACCACAGCUCUGAGCAUGCACACUUAUGAUACACACAGAGAGGACCAGCUCCAUUCUCAGGAAAGAAAUGUUGUGAUGACCAGCCUUACCCAGACAUCGUUUACACAGAGAGAUGACUAUGGCAAUGCUUUUUAAUAUUAUUGAAUUCAGGCAUUUAGAGCCUGUUUUGCAUGAUUUGUAGAGGGUUUACACUAAGUGCCACUUACUAAAGAUGCUUCCACCGUGAAGAUGGAGAGGGUGAACUUACCUUGAAUAGGCCACACGUGUUUGGUCGUGUGUAUGGCAGCGAGCAGGUGUGUGUUUGCUUUUGCUUGCACUGAAAAUUAGAUUGCUAUCAAGAGCAAACUGUGAGGCAUUUCUGUUCCAGGUGUCUCCCGAGUGAAGAUGCCAAAGAUGAAAUUUCUUUGAACAUUCCAGAUGUAAAAGGUCAUGUGUAUAACAGUGGGCAGGUAUUUUUGCUUUUGCUUGCACUGAAAAUUAAAUUGCUAUCAAGAAUAAACCAUGAAACAUUUUUAUCCUGAACAGCCACAGUGCCUGAAAUCACUCAAGUGGAUUUAAUAAAAUGUAUUUUAACUCUGUAUAUAUAUUACCCUUAAGUCAUUUUCCUGUCUUCACUAAUUUUAGCAAUGCAUUCAUAUUAGCUGAUGCAAAUAGGCAUUCACAAUGACAACCAGAACCAGCUUCCUGUCUUUUUUUAUUCACUUUGUCAUCCCAGAGACAAUCAGUAUGUGCUUACUUGUGUUCAAGUAGAGAAAAAUACACUAGAGUCUGA